AUGCGUCUCACCGACUCCAUCUACAGCGUCGUGCAUAAUAGAUAUAUACAAGAGCUCGCAUUCUAUGGCACGCUGUAUGCUGUUGUGCUGGGAACCUAUUCUCGUCUGAGUGCACCCGUGUACAAUCAAAAGUUCAAGAAGACGUCGAGCUACCACCUGCCUCUGCACAUCGUCACCGGCCUCACCGAAAUCACGAGAUACCAAAUACGAGCGGCCAAGCAUGACGGACACGUGCUGCCCAACGCCUUUGACGUGUGCCUCACGUUGGUCUGGGCCUGGUUUGGUCUCCUCUUGACGCGUUCAUUGCGCCGAGGAGACCCGUCGACGACACGCCCGACGUACCAGGCCGCAGCAAUCUACCGCCCGGUAGCCACCGUUCUGGCCUACGUGCUUCAGGAUGUGGCCAUAUACCGUGCAGGAGCAAAGCUCGUCAACAGCUUCAUCUAUGCGCGUGUCGGCGUAUUCAUCGUCCACCAGUCUGGCAUCAUGCGGAAGCACUCUUACGCGUCCGUCUACGCCCUGUGCAUUCCCAUCUCUGCUGUCGUCGCCAUCCACGAGGCCGGCGUGACGGGAGCCGUGGGCAUCUACGUCGCCCUGAUCCUCGGUGUUGCCGCGCUCAACCACUACGUCUCGCAACGCCUCAAGGGAAGCCUGAGCCGCCCCAAUGACAUGAUUACGAGCUGCUCGGUUUCGGAUCUCUCCCUUCUCAUGAUGCUCGUGCUUGGCUUCGCCGACCUGGACGUCAUGAAGGAUUUCCAGAGGCGUACGUCGUUGAUUGCCGACAUUAGCGACGACUAUGUGUCCAACAGCCAACCUCCGAGCAUCAGCUCCAACAACAGCAGCUUCCCAGGCAAGGCGCAGGUGCAGUGGGGAGAGCAAGCUCAGUCAUCACCGGCUCCAAAAGCUCCUCAAGCCCAAGUACAGGCAGUACAGGGGUAG